GUAAAAUUGCCGCAUGCUAAAGCAAAAAGCCACAGAAGACAGAACACAGGCAUUCAAGAUGAGUGGAGUUGGGAAAAAGGGUGCUGUGGGACCAUCUGGUGUUGUAGAAUGGAUUCGCUCUGCUUGCCAUUUUGCCACUGAUAGAAACGAUUUUAGAAGGAACCUACUGGUCAAUUUGGGAAUAUUUGCAGCUGGUGUGUGGGUCGCCAGAAACUUGUCAGAUUUUGACCUGAUGUCUCCACAACCUGUCACGUAAUGGUGGAGACCGUGUGAAAGGGUGUCAUGGACCAAACGGGAGCCACAAGGGACAGGAUAUUUGUUCAAUGACAAUAUUAUUUGUUAACACUUAUUAAAUAUUUUCUGGAAACUGAAA